GGAGGCAGCGGCGGGGCAGUGGUAGCUAGAUCCCGGAUCUUCAGCCCAGCUGGACCGUAGUGGUGGUGGCGCCAUGGCGUGCGCUGGGCUGCUCACCGUGUGCCUGAUCCAGCAGCCCGCGCCUCAGCCCCCACGGCUCCCCACACCAGCCGCUGGUUCUGCGGGACACGCGCUGUUCCAGGAUGUUUUUCGAAGAGCAGACAAGAAUGAUGAUGGUAAGCUCUCAUUUGAGGAAUUCCAGAAUUACUUUGCCGAUGGGGUCCUCAGCCCCGGGGAGCUGCGAGAGCUAUUCAGCGGCAUCGAUGGGCAUUCUACCGACAAUUUGGAAACGGAGAAACUGUGUGACUACUUCUCAGAACACCUGGGCGUCUACCGGCCCGUGCUGGCUGCGCUGGAGUCCCUGAACCGUGCAGUGCUCACCGCCAUGGACACCACCAAGCUGGAGUACGAGCAGGCCUCCAAGGUGGACCAGUUUGUGACACGCUUCCUACUGCGGGAGACGGUGAGCCAGCUGCAGGCCCUGCAGAGCUCUCUGGAGGGGGCGUCAGACACCCUGGAGGCCCAGGCCCAGGCCCAGGCCCCUGGGCCAUGGUCGGACGAAGAGAGAGUGGCGGUGCAGAGCCGGCCCCGUGGCAGCCGGCGGGCAGGGCGCAGGGGCUUGCGUAGCAUCGGUCGGUCGCCCACCUGGUCUCCUGGCUGCUCUGACACAGGGCGGAGUUCGGAGGCUGAGAUGCAGUGGCGGCUCCAGGUCAACCGUCUCCAGGAGCUCAUUGACCAGCUCGAGUGCAAGUCCCCGAGGCUGGAACCCCUACGUGAAGAGGAGCUUACCAAGGGGCUUGACUCGCACAUCCUCGUGGCCCAGAGGCAGGUGCAGGUGGCGGAGGAAGCCCUGCAGGACUUCCACCGCGCCCUCAGCUGCUACGUGGACUUCACCGAGGCCCAGAGCCAUUGCCUGCAUAUUUCCGCCCAGAAGAUGCUGGACAGUGCCUCCUUCACGCUGUACGAGUUCUGGCAGGAUGAGGCCUCCUGGAGAAGGCACCAGCAGUCCGCCUGCAGCAAGGCCUUCCAGCGCAUCCUCAUCGACCACCUGCGGGCCCCGGACACCCUGACCACUGUGUUCUUCCCAGCCUCCUGGUGGAUUAUGAAUAAUAACUGAGCCGGACCUGCAUUAGCCAAUGACCCUGAGGCCCUUCCUGCCUCCUUCAGGAGCUUCUGGACCGGUCAAUUCCACACCGAGACCAAGGACGCUGCUGCUCCUGACCUGGGCCUGGCUCUCACAGGCCUCCCAGACCCGCCGGUGGAGAGUCUCUCAGCCCAGGGAUCGGGGACCGGGCUGCCUGCUUUCUGUUUCUUGAUCAGUGUAUUUUAUUUGUAGCUUUGGUCUCUGAUGCAUUCUGGCUUCUGCCUGGCUAGGAGGCCUGGAUUCUGGCUCCCUCUGCCUGCCUUGCUGUGCGACCUGACCCGGGACAGCUCCCUUCCUGCUCUGGAUGGGCCUCGGGCUGUCUGGCUGCCUCGUGCACGCCCUGCUUUCUUCCUGCUGUCUUGGGGCCAAGCUUCUGCCUUUCAACCAGCAGCAGAACCAGGACUGAUGCUCAGGGACCCCCAACCCUACCCUGAACCUCAACCCCUCUGGGUGGGCUGGAUCUAUCUGCAGUGUGGGGUGAGGACCUGGGUGUCCCCAUCACCUUCCUGGGCUGGCAGGCUUCUGACCCUCCCAGCACCCUCCACGGCACCAGAGACAACCAAAAGAUCCUGGGUUGGUUGCAUGUCAUUUGCAUAUCAUUUGCAUGUUCAUGCCCACCCAUACUCAGCACACAAUGGGAAGCCCCAGGGUGACCUUGCCAAGUAGCGAUAAUUUGGGUCGAGUCACCUGCUGUCCCCAGAUACCUCUGAACCCAGCCCACGCCCCCCGCAGGGAGACAAUAAAAGCAGUGGUUACCUCUGGG